AUGGUUGCUGACGCGCUGGUUUACCACCCUUCGGUGGCUCACUACUUGCGCUUCAUCGCUACUACGCUUGGUCGCGAUAAGGUUCUCCGGACUCUGCAAUACUUUGCCCGGUUCUACGCCUGGUACCUCUACCGUACCAACAAGCCGCAGUCGUCGAUCGCUCCGUGGGAUGCGAUCAAGAAGCAGUUCGGCUUGACCCGCAAAAUCCUCCGCGCCGGAAAGUUCGUCGAGCACCUCAAGGCUGCGGCCGUUGCUUUUGACAACAAGAACCCCGUUGACCCUGUGCUCCGCCAACUGGCCGUCGGCCGCCAACUCGGCUACGCCGGCUAUCUCAUCCUCGACAACCUGACGUUGGGGGAUGCGAUCGGUUUCAAGAAGUUCGACGCUGCCAAGAAAUUGCAGGUCCAUGCCUACCGUGCAUGGCUGUCUGGCUUGAUUUUCAGUUUUGUUGCUGGUGUCUACACCCUGUGGAGAUUGCAGGAGAAGGAGAAGACGAUCAACCGGAAGGAAGGUGAAGGUGUGGUGGAGGCUAAGAAGCUCGAGAGAGAGCGCGCCGCGGCUCGUAUUCAGCUCAUCUCCGAUAUCUGCGACCUUACUGUGCCCCUCUCUUCUCUGGGUUACGUCAAGUUCGAUGAUGGUAUCGUCGGCAUCGCCGGUACUAUUAGCAGCUUGAUCGGUGUGUGGUCGGCGUGGAAGAAGUGUGCGUGA